AAUAAUGCUAAAAUUACAAAAAGAUUGAGGAUUUCUAAUUUUUUUAUUAUACAUGAUGCUGUCUCUCAAAAAGAACAAGGUCAACAGCCUCAAACUUCAGAAAACCAGCUCAUAGAGGAAUAUCCUGCUCAAUUACGUCUUAUUCAAAUGAAAGGUCAACUAAAG